UUUCCCUUAUCUUCUCUAAUUUUUAUUUGUUUGUUUCGGCAGCAAUGAGUCGGACUGGUGAUUCAAGUGUGGCUUCAAACGUAUUGCAUGGAAGCAGCGCAUUGAUGAGUAAAGCUUUGUCAUAUCUUCGGGAAGUGAGAGAGACGUUUUAUGAUCAAACCUACAAACAUGACAUGUUUCUUAAGAUUUUGAAAGAUGACUGGGAACAACGUCGUGAUACUUCCGAGACGGUUGCUCAAGUGAAGGAGUUGUUUAAAGGAUAUAACAACUUAAUCACUGGAUUUAACAAUUUUUUGCCACCUGAGCAUAAAAUACCUCUUGAAGAUGAGCCAAAAAUACCACUUGAUGAAGAGAAAGAAAGACCUCUUGAGGAUGAAGAUGAGGAAGAAACCUCAUUUAUAUCAACUGCAAGAGACUAUUGAAAUAUCUUGUCAUGAAGGACACAUGCAUACAUGGUUAUUUUUAAAAAAGUACAUCAAAAUCUUCACAUUAGUCUCUCUCUAUUCAGUUCUUGAUGGAUGUA